AAAGUCGGGGUCUGUGAGAGCUGAUGUCAUAUCGGCCACACAUUUGCGGCUUGUGAACGUUCCCCGCGAGGCUCCUUUUUUCUUCUUCUUCUUCUCCCUAGCUUAAACGUGCUAGCUGUUGUUGUCAGCCGUAACCUAGCAGCCGAGAGCGUCGCGUCGCGCCGUGGGAGCGUCGGGAUGGAUGCUUCCUGUCCUCCGCCCUGCGCCCGCGGAGUCCACCGCGUCCAGCGAGGGUGUGGGCCUACAUCGCCGCGGGUGCUCGCUGGCGGUGGCGUCUGAUUUGUACGCCGAACGCGCGCGUGUUUAGCGGACGGCUCUCUGGCUAACCGGCUAGCGCGGAGCUGUGCGUUCUGUUUCGUCACACACACGCGCAAUGGCCAAGAUGCCGGCCGCCCUCGGGUGGGAUCGAGUGACGCGCAUUGACCCGGCGACCCUGCACGAGAGUGGCAAAGACCGAGUGGACGAGGUCUUCGACAUGUUCAUCAUGACAGAAGACUGGGAGCUGGAGGAGAAGACUCCCGAGGACAUCGCCCACGUCCUCAGAAUGUUCCGCGCCCUGCUCAAGAUAAAGGAUCGGGAAAUCGCUCUGUCUGUCAAAUUCCUUGAAGACGCUGGGGUUCAGCAUGCCAAAACUGAAAAUGAACUCCUCGCCAAGGUGUCGAGGCUGGAAAAGGAGCGCAAGCACUCCGGCGCUGGGCCAGACACCCGCUUCCUGAGGGAUGAGAUUCGGCAGCUCGAGGCGCAGCUGGAGCAAAAGGAGAACGACUUGAUCCAGACGAAUAAAGAAAUGGUCAAAGAAAAGAAAACCAGUGAGGAGUUGCUUUUGCGAGCAGAGAAGGCUGAGGAUGAGGUCAAGAAGCUGAAGAGAGAGAAUGAGCAGCUCCACCAGGAUGUGGAUUACUAUCGCGGAGAGCUGGAGCAGAAGGAGCCGGGUCCGUCCCGGGACGAGAACGCAGAGACCCAGAGAAAGCUCACCUCUGCCAACCGCCACCUCGGCCAGUGCCUGGAAGACCUUGAGCGAGUGGAGGAUGAAAACUUGUACCUGAAGACGCAGAACGAACAGAUGCAGAAAAGUCUGGAGGAGUCUGUGCGGGAGAUGGAGAAGAUGACGGACGAGUACAACAAGAUGAAGAUCGUCUUGCAGCAGACUGACUCCAUCGUGGACCAGCUCAGGAAAGAGAGGGAUCUCGCAAAGCUGCAGGUCAGGGAGUUAACAGACAAAAUCCAUGGCAUGACCGAGGAGGAUGACCCAAUCAUGGCGGCAGUUAAUGCCAAAGUGGAAGAGUGGAAGGGAGUGCUAUCGGGGAAGGACGAUGAAAUUCUCUUGUACCAGCAGAUGAUCCGCGAUCUGAGGGAAAAGCUGCGCACAGCCCAACUGGACCUGGACAAAAGCAACAUUAUCGCCUUGCAGCAGGUCAUAUAUGAACUCUGUGCUGCCGUUCAAGAGCGGGAUAACCAAAUCAAGAUGCUGAGCGAGCAGGUGGAGCAUUACACGCGGGACAUGGAGAAGCACACCCUGCUCAUCGAGGAGCUUAAGACGUCCACAAGGAAAGACAGAGCCCUCCCGUCCACCACACAGCAGAGGAAGAUGGAGGAGCUGAGGUCUAAGCUGGAAGCCGCGGAGACCCGAGCAGCGGAAGCAGAGCAGGCCGUAAAGCUUGCAGAAGCUCAUGCUGAGGAAAAAGACAAAGCACUCAUUGAGGCCUCAAACCGCUUGGGCCAGUACGAGUCUGGCACUUAUGGCCUGGAAGCUGCCAUUGCGGAGAUCAAAGAGUGUAAAAAUCAAAUUAGAGUGCGGGAUCGGGAUUUAGAGGCCAUGACAAAAGAGAUCAACCAGCUGGAGAUGAGAAUCGGUGACCUCAUGGAUGAAAAUGAGGAUCUCCGAGAAAAACUAGGUCUGGGACCAAGGCAGGAAGUGGAUCUGACCGAAUUCAGGCGAGCCAAAGAUCUCAGGCAACGGCAGUACAAGGCAGAAAACCAAGUCCUCACCAGAGAGAUUGAACGGCUUGAGGAGGAAAGACUGGAGCUAAAGAAACAAAUCAGACACAUGGUGAAAGAACGAGGGAUCCCCUCAUCGAGGUCACUUCUGGAAGAAGACAACCAGCCCAGCAGAAGUGUGCCACAGAGCAGUGCUCACACAGAUGAAGAGAUCAGACGCAAGAAUGAGUGCCUAGAAAAAGAACUGAGCAAAAAGGAGCGUGAGCUGAGACUCAACAAGACCCAGUUUCAAGCCAAAUUGGAGGAACUGUCGAGAGUAAAACAAGAUCUGGAGGCUGUGCUGAAAGACGUCCUCCAAGCAAUGAGGAUUAAUCAGGGCGCCACUCAAUCGGAUGGUGCCAUCAACAUUGCCAGUCUGGAAAGGUUAGCUAACGCAAUAGAUGUCAACAUGAGUGGGCAGUCUGAAUCGGCCCUGCACCUCAGGCCCCAAGUACAUCAGCUGCUGGGGAGAAACGAAGAACUGAGGCAGGAGUUGAAAUUGGCCCGCGAGGAGGCGACCAGCAGCUUUGGCAAGCUUGCCGCGGCCAAAGAGAAGGUGAGCCAACUAGAAGGUCAGUUGGAGUUGGUGAAGAAGUCAGGGAGCAGUGGAGUCGUCCUCCGACCGCUGACCCUCCCUGAGGGCCUGGGGCCCAGUAGCACCGAGGUCAUCAGUUCCUUGAAUGAGUACGCUGUUCGACUUCUUCAGGAGCUCAAAAACAGGGAGGAACAAAGCAAGAAACUUGAAGCAACAUUGGGAGAAUACAAAGAGAAGUUUGCUGUUGUCAGCCACCAACAGGGACUCCUCUAUAAAGAAUACCUGAGCGAGAAGGCAGAGUGGCAGAAGGAGAGAGAGACAUUGGGAGAAGCGAAGGAGAAGCUGGAAGAACAACAGCAGGUGGACGCUGUUAAAAUCCAAGAGUUCAGCGGGCUGCUCGACACGCUUGAAAAGGAUCCAGAGGAAGGCAGGAGGCGGCUGAGCGAGGCGGCGCGCAAGUUGACGGUGCUGAAGGUCAACGAGAAGAAGCUGACGCGACGCUACACCACCCUGCUGGAGCAGGAGCAGCACCUCCGCAGGGAGAACGCCAAUCUGCGGAAUGACAGCGGCCACAUGCAGGCGUCUGUCCGCCAGAAGAUAGGCUACCUGCAGAGAUACAAGGAAAUGGCAGCGUAUCAGAUGGCAGCGCUGCAGAAGGCCUUGGAGGAUAGUGUGCCCUCAUCUGACCUGGAGAAGGCGAACAAACAGUACACAGAGCUCACAGUCAAAUACAGGGACAUACUGCAGAGGGACAGCUGCCUCAUACAGAGAACCACCAACCUCGAACAUUUGGAGAAUGAGAAUGAGUCUCUCCGGCAGCAAAUCUCUGCCAUUACCAAGGAACUGGAGAUCACGAAGGAGAAACUGAACACGUUGGAGCAAGCGUGGGACAACGUCACUUCAAUCGGUGAAAAUGGCCUGGAUAAGGCGAACAAGGCACUUGCCAACAAUGAAAUGGUCUCCUCCGCCAGACGGAUCACCACUCUGGAGAUAAAAGAGCUGAAUGAGAGACAGAGGGCCGAGCAUGCCAACAAAAUGUAUGAACACUUGAGGAGCUCCCUCGGACAAGUGGAAGAGCGCAACUUGGAGCUGGAGUCCAAGGUUGCUGAGUUGACCCGGAUGAACGUCGACGCCCAGAGGAUCGAGCGGGAGCUGAGAGACGAGCUGGCGAACAGCAUCAGCAAGGCAGUGAGCGACGCUGACAGAGCCAAGAUCACGGAGCUGGAGAAGGCCGAGGCAGAGCUCCGCAUCGAGGUUUCUAAGCUUCAGGAGGUGUCUGAUGUGGCUGUGAUGCAGGCGUCUGCUCUACAGGCCAGACAACAGUCCAAUGAGAGGGAAGUAGACAUUUUGAGGAGACAAAUAAUGGACUACCAGUCACAGUCGGAUGAAAAGGCCCUCAUUGCCAAGCUCCACCAGCACAUCGUGGCACUGCAGCUCAGUGAGUCUGCUGCUUUGGCCAAACUGGACGCGUCCACCUCCCACAUUCACCAGCUGGAGGCCUACAAGCUGCGUGCCGAACAGCGGCUGGACGCCGGCGAGCGCACUCUGUUCCUCGCCCGCCAGGAGGGCAGAAACCGCUCCAAGCACCUACGGCAGACCAUCCAGUCGCUGCGCAGGCAGUUCGCUGGCGCGCUGCCGCUCCCCCAGCAGGAGAAGUUCUCUGUGACCAUGGUGAGUCUCCAGGAGGACCGAGCAAGGGCCCGGGAGGAGAAGAGGAAGGCAGAGGAGGAGAGGAGGAGAGCGGAAGGCAGGGCGGAGGAGCUGGAGCUGAGGCUCCGCGGGCUGGAGGAGCUCAUCUCAACACUGAAAGACGUGAAAGGAGCCCAGAAGGUAACUGAAUGGUACAAGAAGAUGGAAGAGGCCCGUCUGCAGGAGGUGAGGAAAGGUAGGGAACUGGUGGUCCAGAAGGAGGAGAUCACAUAUCUGAGGAACCUCGUGGCGGAACAGGAGCGAACCAUCUGGUCGCUGGAAGAGGACGCUGUGCAGCAAAACAUGAUGCAAGAGGAGCGACAGUUCGCAUGGGAUCAGCGAGAGGUGGAGCUGGAGCGUCAACUGGACCAGUACGAGAAGCACCAGAACGAAAUUCUGAGCAGUGGGGGAAAGUUUGACGAAGGCGCAGUCUCCUUUCCAGACCCAAGUCUGCCUCUCGCUCAUCAGUUAGAGUUUGCUCUGGGUAAAAUCAGAGAGCACGUCCGCACCAUCAUGGACACGCAGGCCACCUGCAGAAGUUUGGAUGAGAAGCUGAUAGAGAAAGACGGCGCUCUGCGGAAGGCGGACCAGAACAUCGUGUCCAGGGACAGGGUCAUCAAUGAGCUGCGGCUGCGGCUGCCGGCCGCCGCCAACAGGGAACGCCUGCUCGCCGACCUGGCCAAGCACGAGGAGGGACAGAUGGACAGCCAGCCCGCCCUCAAGCUGGCUCACCAGGCCGUCAAAGACCUGCAGAGUCGGCUUGACAAAAAGGAGGACGUGCUGAAGAAAUACCAGAACCAGCUGGCUCAAGCCAGACAGGAUCAAGAGGAGAUGAUCAGGAGGCACCAGGAGGAGCUCAGACUGCUGCAUCAUAAGCUGGACACGCACACGGACACCUCCCUGGACCGCUUCAAGCAGACAGCCAUGGACCUGAUGAAGAAGCCCACCAUCAGCGUGCCGACCUCCAAGCAUCUGGAGCGCCUGGCUGAGUUGGAGCAGACGGUGGCCGAGCAGGACCUCUCGCUCGCCUCCGCAACGGAGAAGCUGAAGAUGACCACCGCUGAGCUGGAGCGCCAGAGGAGCGCCGCGGUUGCGCAGGCCAAGAAAAACGCAGACGGGAUGUCAAAGAUGGAAGAGUAUCAUACUGCCCAGGUGAAGACCCUGACUGGUGAGAGGGAAGAUCAGAGGGGCCAGAUGGCCCAGAUGGAGAAGGAGAUGAGCUACCUCCGAGCUGAGCUGGAGGCCCAGAAGGAGGCCAACGUCCGCUCCCCCAGCAACACCAUGAAGAACCUGGUGGAACGGCUCAAGGCACAGCUCGCCCAGAGAGAGAAGCAGCUCAAGGCCCUCAGUAAGGCUCUGUUGGAGCUGCGGGCGCAGAUGACGUCCGCUGCAGAGCAGCAAGUCAUCGCCAGCGCUGCACAAAAGGAGGAGAGUCUCAAUGUGCAGAUUCUUAUUGACAGGCACACCAGAGACCUGAAGGGGCGAGUGCAAGAACUCAGUGAAGAACUCCAAGCGGCGAAGGAGUCUGCCAAAGCAGCCAGAGGUCGGGAGAACACCCUGAAGGAGGAAGUGGACUGCCUGAGCCAGGACCUCCAGAGGAGUCAUAAAACCCAGAGACGUCUGCAGGCUGAGAGGGAGGAGAGGGAGCAGGAAGUUCAGGAGCUCAAGCAACAGACCAAGAGGCUCAGCAGCGCCCUUCAGAAUCAACCAGAACCAGACGGGAAGGGGCCGACCAUUGACAAUCUCCAGAAGAAGAUCAGGAGGCUCGAGUGUGACUUUGACAAGAGAGCAGAAGUGAAACAUGGCAAAGAUGAUCGUGGAAAGACCAAAGAAGAAAUCUUGCGGUGGGAGGAGGGUAAGAAAUGGCAGACGAGGAUGGAAAAAGUGAAGAAUACAGUAAAGGAGAAAGAACGUGAGAACGAGUUCUUGUCGAAACAGCUCGGCACUCUGAAGGACCUCUAUGGCAGACUGGAGCAAGAGAAGGGUGCGCUGCAGAAAAAGCUCAAGGCUCGAGGUGUGACUGCUGACCAGGUGGUGGGAGUGAGGGCCACGGAAAUGGAGAAGGAAGUGGAAGAGCUGAAGAAGAAGAACUCCGACCUGGAGACGCAGAUCCUCACCAUAAAACAACACCAGGCUUUGCCUCGUGACGACGCCAUGGAGAAUCUGACGCUCAGGAACCGCUACCUCGAGGAGAGAGUCCACACUUUAGAGAGUCAGAUGUCCAAAGAGUCCUCGUCGAGACCCUCUACUUCAGGGCGAGGCACUGGCACUCCCUCACAGAGGGAUCAAGACCCCCAAAAGGAAAACCUCAAGCUCGCCUCUGAGAACCUGGAGCUGCGCUUUCAGCUGGAGCAGACCAACAGAGAUUUGCCGAGGCUCAAGGAUCAAGUUGCAGACCUCAAGGAGAUGUGCAGUGCACUGAAAAAGGAAAAGGCAGAGGUGAAGAAAAAGCUGGUACACAUACAAGGAGCCGGCCACAGUGGCAAAACAGUGCCUGAACUUGAGAAAACCAUCGGGCUGAUGAAGAAGGUGGUGGAGAGGGUGCAGAGGGAGAAUGAGAUGCUGAAGAAGUCCGGUGCACCCGCGAGUCAAGACAACGCCGCUGCCUUGGAGCGAGAAAACCAAAAACUGAAGGCGGACUACGAGACACUGAAGAGCCAAAGUGAAGCUGAGCUGAGUUCAAAACUUGAAUCCAAAACCAGAGGGCUGGAGAAAAUAGUGAUGGAAAACGAACGUCUGCGCAAGGAGAUCAGACGGGAAAUGGAGGCUGCGGAGAGGCUGAGGGCGACCAAAACGGGUCUGGAGGUGAACAACGACAAGCUGGAGGCGGAGCUGGAAGAAACCAAACAGCGGCUCCGGGCGGCACUGUCCAGACCCAUCGCGGAGGGAGCGGACAACAAGACCUGGAACGCGUCCGUGGUAACAAGAAUGUUUGAGAACAAGAUGAAGGAGCUGGAGAAGGAGCUCUCCCACAAGACCCUCAGCCUCUCGGAACUCAAGCAACGGCUGAAGGAGGCGAACGAGCGCGAGGAAGGGGCCCGGACGAGCAUCGGGCAACUUGAAGAUCAGGUUGACAUGUUAAAAAUAUGUCCUACUGCUGCGAAGACGGACGCGGGACUCGCCAAGGAGUUCCAGGCAAUGAGGUUGGUCUACACCGAGCUGCAGAAGGAGAACGAAGAUCUGAAGAACAGGCUCAGCGAGUACAGUGAGCCAUACGGCGAGGCGUCGUCUAAACCAGAUCUCGCGAAGCUCCGAACUCGUCUGCAGGCGGCGGAAACGGAGAAGGUAAAACUUCACGCCGAGGUCCACAAGCUGCAGAGGGAGUUGGAGAACUUUGACCCGACGUUCUUCGAGGAGAUCGAAGACUUGAAGUACAACUACAAUUUGGAGGUGAAGAAGAACAUCCUGCUGGAGGAGCAGCUGAGGAAGGUGUGUGAUCGGUUCGGUGUAACGGUGGAACUGCCGAGUGUGUCCAUCAGUUGACCCUGAGUCGGGGCCGUUAGACCGACACCUGCACACACGUCGAUUUUUAUCAUUAUCAGUUUAGAUCUCCAAGGGUAGUUGGGCAAUGAAUCUCAAUAUUAGCCCUCAGCGAAACGUGUCUGCAUGAUCAAGUAUAAUAAACUCUGAUCAGAUUUACAAUCUUGUUUACUUUGCCAUUCAUUAAAUUCGACUGCUUUUAGUUGAUUGAUGAGUUUUUCAAUCUUUUUUCAAAGUAAGUUUGGUAUUGGUGCUGAAGCUCAGGUAUUGUAUCACCACUAUCAACAUUGUUUACAUCUUAGUGCUAAGGCUGUGUAAUGUAUCAUAAACGCUACAUGGCUCCUUCCUCUUUCUUAAGGCAGCUUUUUAAUGUUAAUGUAAGCGAUGUAGAUUUAAAAAAGUAUUUGUACAGUUCUAUCAGACAUAUCUAUCAUGUCGUCUAUGUAAAUGUGUAUUUGUUAAUAAAGCAGCUUUAAACUUAA